UCGGGUACUGCACGUCUUUAUGAUAUGUUGCAAGCUUUUGGUGGAAUAUUGAGAAUGUGGGAGGAACAUUCAGAUUAUGAUUUAGCUCAACAAGACUAUAGAAAACGUAAAUAUCCUUUUGACUUUGCAACAUAUGAACAAUUUGAAAAAAAUGCACUGAGAUUUUGGGAAUUCGCUUCUAAUUCAACUAGAGAGUUAGGACCACUAGCCAUAUGCUUAUUUGGAAUAUGUGUUAAUGCAGCAUCUGUAGAAAGACUUGCAUCACCUAUCGGUGAAACUACAGAUCAACCUACAGAUGGACAAAUUGGAUUAAAUAUAGAUACAGAUGAAGACAAUGGAUUGUAUGAUGAGUCAUCAGAUAUAACAAAUGCUGAUGAUUGGGAAAACCAAUUACGUGACUGGGAGCAAAUGUUGAUAGAUGAGGAGGUUACUAGACAAGAGGAAGAAGAGGAACAACGGAACAAUCCUUAUGAUUAUAUAGAAGGUGAUUUGUUAAAUAAUUACAAGCAUCCAGCAGUAGAUGAUAAAGCGAAAUGGGAAUUAUGUAGUAUAUUUAGUGUGCAAUUUCAAAAGCCAGAUUAUAUGAAUAACGAUAAGUAA